UUCAGAUCACGAACUUGAACUGCGAUCACGCCAGUCUAUGGCGUGAUUGCUGGGCGGGGCGUUAUGAUAAAAGCUGUGAUGGUCACUGGCCCUUAUUCCUGAAGCUCUGGCUACUUUGCGGCUCGAAGUCAGCGCUGAGAGAAGCGAAUAACAAUACGGAGAGGAAGGAUGUCACCGAGUUCAUGGAUAUUAUGGACCCUAGUCUGGACCGCAUGGAUACUGUCGUCCGUGGAGAGUGUAGACCCGAACCAGUCCGAGCAGGACAAUCAGGAAGUCUUCGACGAGAUGCUGCAGUUCAACAGUAAUCACCCGGAGAUCCAGGAUCUGGAUCUCUCUGAGGAUCAGAUGGGGGACGGAGCCGUGGCUCCCAUGGGGCCCAUCACAGAGACGGCCCCCAGCACCAUAGUGACGCCCUCACACACGCUCGUACAGACACAGACACACACACCGCCGCUGCUCCAGCCGCAACCACAGCUGAUCACACAGACUCCAGCGCAGCCGCAGACGGUGAUGAUCGUGCCGGCCGCCACACCGUCACACCACUUCAUCCAGAGUCAGGUGCCGUCCACUGCUCCGGUCCACACCGCACCGCAGCAGGUGCCUACGCUGAUGAGCUGCAACACUCUGACCGCGGGGGCCGGGGCCGUAACCGCGGGAACUGGAGGAGCAGUGAAAGAGGGCAAGAGAUGGAAGACGCACAGCAUCAACGAGAAACGCUACCGAUCGUCCAUCAACGACAAAAUUCAGGAGCUGCGGGACCUACUGAACAUCGACCCCAAGGUGCCCAAGUCUGGUGUUCUGCAGAAAGCCAUCGAAUACAUCGAAUCCUCGCAGGUGAACCACAAACUCCAGCAGGAGAACCUGACGCUCGAGACGGCCAAUCAGAAUAACACUUUGCAGAUGGAUCCGAACGCUUCCUCUGUUCCUUCCGUAACACUGGAGCAGAUCCUUCAAGAGUUCUUUGACGAAGCGGAACUGCUUGCCUACAGUGAUGACGGUGGAGUUAAUAACAGUGAGCACAACGGUUCUGACAGCCAGGUGAUAACAUUACCUGCAGAGGAGACGUUGCAAGAGGAUGUGGUGGGAACGGAAUCACGUCACGAACCAGACAACGUCACACGACCCUCCCACGGUCCAUCUUUGGAGGAAGGGACUAACACAUCGCUCGCAACCAGUCCCCAGUGCACAGGAGGACAGGGUGUAAAACGAAGGAGAUUACCCGAAGAAGACGAAGUGGAUGAUUCACCAAGCACCAGGCGUUUAAGGACUUCAGAGAAUAACGAACAAGACUACGAUGAGGAAGGACUAACAGCGUGGUCUGAUUCACUGGUUCAUGCAUCGGAUCAGGUAUCCUUCAGCAAUCCAGAGAGUGAAUUACCUCAUGAAAUCCCUCGGGAACUGUUCCGUGAUCACAAUUUAAACAGAAGGCUUGAUUAUAAUAUGUUGAGCCAUGUUAAUCGGUACUUUGAGAGACUUUUCAACUUGGCUGGACAGCCACCAUCUUACCCUGAAGCAGAGGACAUUGUUGCUGGUGCACUAAGCAUGAGGAUGUACAUCUCAGAGGAUGUACGAGAACAACGCGUGGAACAGAGAUUGGUGGCAAAUGCAUUGUUGUUAAUUGGUGAGCGAUUAAAUCUUAUUCAGAGAAUGUUAAUGGAGUUGUACAGUCAUAUGAUGAGGAGACCGUAAUGUGGUGGUGUUUUCACGUUGCACACGCUUUGAUCGCGUAUCAAACUGAAACCACAGUCAAUUGAUCGAUGAUGAUAAGCUAAUUAAAAACACAUUAUACAGACACUUCUUAUUUACAGAGGUGGAAAGUAACUAAUUACAAAUACUUUCGUUACAGUACUUGAGUAUAUUUUUAAAUUUUUUCUACUUUCGUGAGUAUAAUUAAAUUGUGGUACUUUUACUUGAGUAGAAUAAAACUAAAGUAUUCAACUUCACUACACUUUAUUUUUCAUAAAGAGAAUUUACUAGGGAUGCACUGAAUUUUCGGCCGCCGAAAAAAUAUGCCGCACCGCUGUCACGGGUUCGUGGUUGUAGUUGAACUUAAAGAAGGCCAGGAGAACGAAGUAGCAUCAACACACAUAUCCAUUUAUUAAACAAGUAGCUCAGACAAAGACAAGGGGAAAACUGAGGACUUAUAACGGAAUGAGAACAAAAGAGCAAACAAGAUAAUGCAAAUCAGGUGGGGACAAUGAAUGAUGAUUAACUAAUAAGAACCGGAACUAAACCAAAUAAGGGAAAACAGGAACUUAGGAGGGCAGACACAGUGUUCAGGUUUCACUCUCAUCACUGCGCCAUGUGACGAUCAAUAUUCCACUCUGUUAAUGUACAAUCUGCUCAAUUACCGUUCAUGCUCAACGCAUAAUUUAAAUAAAAUUCAUAUUUUAUGCCUUCAUUUGAUAACCAGGAAAAAUAGAAAGGUGAAGGAAAAACCCUGUUUGCAGGACUAUACAUUAUUUGAAUAAUUAGUCAAAAACGACAACAGUUAUGUCUGAUUCUGUUGCAUAGAACUGAAUAAAAAUAAUACAUUGAUAUUUAAUAUUAAUAUAUUUUCUGUCCAAUUUUCUUUCAAUAAAAGUGUGGUUCUUUUAUUGGCUUGUGUUUUUUAAAUUCCCUGUCAUUAAAAUUGAGUUAAAUUAAAAAGUCUUACAAAACUACUUUAUAUUAUUGAAUAAAAUAAAUAAUUAUUACAAAGCAGUUUCGGUUUUCGACCAAGCACAUCCAGAAUUCUCGGUUUUGGCCCAGAAUUUUCAUUUCGGUGCAUCCCUACCAUUUACUGUGACUACAUACAGAGCACUGUGUUUGCAACCACAUGCUCCUUUAAAGGAUUACACACACACCAGUAUCCAGAGAACCAUUUAAGAGGGUUUAUUCUCCAAAUAACUUUAAAUUCAUGUUGCUGAAAAAUGUGUUAAUAAAUGUUAUGUGUAUGGAUUAAUGUUUGCCUCUUACAAAAGCCACAAAGCCUUCUCAGAAGACAGUAAAGGCUGAGAUGUAGUUAGGCUGAAACUUGAAAGUUAGUUUCACAAUGUUUAGGUUUUAUUAUUACUAUUUUAUUACUAUUAUUUUGA